CUGAUUGGCCGCCGCCGCUCCCGGACCUUUAAUAAAGAAAGGGGAAGGAAAAAGAGAAAUGCAAAAAAGGGGGGACCGUGUCGGCCGCCGGCGGCUGCAGGCCGGCCGCUGGGAGGGGGCGGGGGACAGCAUGUGUCCAGGACAAUCGCUGGGCGCUCCCCUCCGAAAGUGCCAGCGGAGAACCAGGCUCCAGUGGCCCAGAUCGAUGAGUUCUACGUGGGCCCGGUGCCUCCGAAGCAGGUGACAUUUGCCAAGCUGAAUGAUAACAUCCGAGAAAACUUCCUGAGGGACAUGUGCAAGAAGUAUGGAGAGGUGGAGGAGGUGGAGAUUCUGUACAACCCCAAGACCAAGAAGCACCUGGGUAUUGCUAAGGUGGUCUUCGCCACCGUCAGGGGGGCCAAGGAGGCGGUCCAGCACUUGCACAGCACUUCCGUCAUGGGCAACAUCAUCCACGUGGAGCUGGACACCAAAGGGGAGACCCGCAUGCGGUUCUAUGAACUGCUGGUCACGGGCCGGUACACCCCCCAGACCCUCCCCGUGGGCGAGCUGGACGCUGUCUCUCCCAUCGUGACCGAGACCCUGCAGCUGUCAGACGCCCUGAAGCGCCUCAAGGAUGGCAGCCUGUCUGUGGGCUGUGGUUCUGGCUCCUCCUCCGUGACCCCCACCAGCGGCGGGACACCCUUCUCCCAGGACACGGCUUACUCCAGCUGCCGCCUGGACACACCCAACUCCUACGGACAGGGCACCCCUCUCACACCGCGCCUAGGCACCCCCUUCUCGCAGGACUCCAGCUACUCCAGCCGCCAGCCCACACCCUCCUACCUCUUCAGCCAGGACCCCACAACGACUUUCAAGGCCCGGCGCCAUGAGAGCAAGUUCACGGACGCCUACAACCGCCGCCAUGAGCAUCAUUAUGUGCACAAUUCUGCAGCCACCGCGGUGGCCGGGACCACGGCCUCCUUCCGGGGCUCUUCCGACCUCCCUUUCGGGGCAGUGGGAAGCAGUGGGGGCAGCAGUGGCCCCCCCUUCAAGGCCCAGCCACAAGAUUCGGCCACGUUUGCCCACACACCACCUCCUGCCCAAGCUGCUCCUGCUCCCGGAUUCAAAUCGGCGUUCUCUCCGUAUCAGACCCCGGCGCCUCCCUUUCCUCCACCCCCCGAGGAGCCCACCGCCACAGCCACCUUUGGGACCCGUGACAGCGGAGAGUUCCGGAGGGCUCCUGUGCCCCCACCCCUGCCACCCUCGGAGCCCCCCGCCAAGGAGAAGCCAGGCACGCCACCCGGCCCCCCACCCCCUGACACCAACAGCAUGGAGCUGGGCGGCCGGCCCACCUUUGGCUGGAGUCCUGAGCCCUGUGACAGCCCCGGCACCCCCACGCUGGAGUCGUCCCCCGCAGGCCCCGAGAAGCCGCACGACAGCCUGGACUCGCGCAUCGAGAUGUUGCUGAAGGAGCAGCGCACCAAGCUGCCCUUCCUGCGGGAGCAGGACUCGGACACGGAGCUGCAGAUGGAGGGCAGCCCCAUCUCCUCCUCCUCUUCCCAGCUCUCGCCGCUGGCCCCCUUUGGCACCAACUCCCAGCCCGGCUUCCGGGGCCCCACCCCACCCUCCUCGCGCCCCUCCAGCACCGGCCUGGAGGACAUCAGUCCCACACCACUGCCUGACUCUGACGAUGAUGACGAGCUGGACCUGGGCCUGGGGCCACGGCCCCCACCUGAGCCGGGCCCCCCGGACCCUGCUGGUCGCCUGGGCCAGACGGCUGAGGUGGCCUUGGACCUGGCAGGAGACAGGACCCCAACUUCAGAGAAGAUGGAUGAGGGCCAGCAGUCCUCCGGCGAGGACAUGGAAAUCUCUGAUGACGAGAUGCCCUCGGCCCCCAUCACCAGCGCCGACUGCCCCAAGCCCAUGGUGGUGACCCCAGCGGCUGCGGCGGUGGCGGCCCCCUCGGUGCUGGCCGCGAGCCUGCCGCUGCCCCAGAACAUGUAGCUGCCCACGCCUACUGACUUACCGGCAGAUACGACAAACGCAGUCCCCGUCCUCUGCACCCCUCAGCCAGGCUUCCCCAUGCUGAAUCCCCUGCGGACGCAGCAGCCACCACCGCCCCAGACGCACCCGGCGGUGACCGUGCCCGUGCCGCCGCCCCCGCUGCCCGCGCCGCCGGGGGUGCCGCCGCCGCCCAUCCUGCCGCCGCUGCCGCCCUUCCCGCCGGCGCUGUUCCCGGUGGUGCAGGUGGACAUGAGCCACGUGCUGGGCGGCCAGUGGGGCGGCAUGCCCAUGUCUUUCCAGAUGCAGACGCAGAUGCUGAGCCGCCUGAUGACCGGCCAGGGCGCCUGCCCCUACCCGCCCUUCAUGGCGGCCGCCGCCGCCGCCGCCUCAGCCGGCCUGCAGUUCGUGAACCUGCCGCCCUACCGCGGCCCAUUCGCGCUGGGUGGCGCGGGCCCCGGCCGCGGCCAGCCCUGGCCGCCGCUGCCCAAGUUUGACCCGUCCGUGCCGCCGCCCGGCUACGUGCCGCGCCAGGAGGACCCGCACAAGGCCACGGUGGACGGCGUGCUGCUCGUGGUGCUCAAGGAGCUCAAGGCCAUCAUGAAGCGAGACCUGAACCGCAAGAUGGUGGAGGUCGUGGCCUUCCGGGCCUUCGACGAGUGGUGGGGCAAGAAGGAGCGCCUGGCCAAGGCCUCACUGACCCCUGUGAAGUCGGGCGAGCACAAGGACGAAGACCGGCGGAAGCCCAGGGACCGAGUGGCCUCGUGCCUGCUGGAGUCGUGGGGCAAGGGCGAGGGCCUGGGCUGUGAGGGCCUGGGCCUGGGCAUUGGACUGCGCGGGGCCAUCCGCCUGCCCUCCUUCAAGGUCAAAAGGAAGGAGCCUCCAGAGGCAGCCUCGUCUGGGGACCAGAAGCGGCUCCGGCCUUCGACCUCUGUGGAUGAGGAGGACGAAGAAUCUGAGCGGGAGCGAGACCGGGACAUGGCCGACGCCCCAUGCGAGCUCACCAAGCGGGACCCCAAGGGCGUGGGUGUGCGGCGGCGGCCGGCGCGGCCACUGGAGCUGGACAGUGGCGGGGAGGAGGACGAGAAGGAGUCCUUGUCGGUGUCUUCGUCCUCGUCGGCAUCCUCCUCCUCGGGGUCCUCGACCACCUCACCCUCGUCCUCGGCCUCUGACAAGGAGGAGCAGCGGGACAGCACCGAGGAGGAGGAGGAGGAGGAGGAGGAAGCAGAAGCGGAGGAGGAGGAGGAAGAGGAGGAGGAGGAGGAAGGCGGCCCCAGGAGCCAGAUUUCUUCUUCCUCAACCUCAUCCACGUCAGACAAGGACGACGAUGACAGUGAGGACCGGGAUGAGUCUGAGAAUGACGAUGAGGACACAGCCCUGUCGGAAGCCAGCGAGAAGGACGCAGGGGACUCUGAUGGAGAGGAGACCGUGAGCGUCGCCACGUCCAAGGCCGAGGCUGAGUCCUCCAGUGAGAGCUCCGGGUCUUCUGAGUUUGAGUCAAGCUCCGAGUCUUCAUCCUCAUCCUCAGAAGAUGAAGAAGAGGAGGAGGCGGAGGAGGAGGAAGAGGCGGAGGCGGAGGAGGCGGAGGCGGAGGAGGCGGCAGGGCCAGAGGAGAGCUUGGCUCCCCCAGGUGCUGACAGCUUUGAGGAGGCUGGCGAGGAGGAAUCUCUGGCCCCGGGGGCUCCCGCCGUGGAAUCGCUGGGCACAGAAGAGGAGGUGGACAUUGAGGCGGACGAUGAAGCCCCCGAGGAGCCCGCCCCCACGCCGGAGGAGCCCCUCUUGCCUGUGGGCACAGAGGAGCUGACGGACUGCAAGGAGCCCCCGGAGGAGCCGGGGCUGAACCAGGAAGGGCCCAUGGUACUGUCUCCAGAGCCCCAGGCGGUGGAGACAGAGGCCCGGCCGCCGUCGUCCCCCGAGCUCCCGCCAGAGGAGAACCUGGAAGUGGAGCCUGCACCCUCUCCAGCGCUCUCCUUGCCUCUGCAGCCACCGUUGCCACCCCCCUGGCCACCCCGGCCACCCAGUCCACCACCGGAGCCUGAGACCCCAGACCCUCCACACCCACCCGCCCCCUUGGAGCCUCUGCCCGAGGACCAGCCCCCGCGUACUCCAGGCCUCUGUGGCAGCCUGGCCAAGUCACAGAGCACAGAGACAGUGCCGGCCACACCAGGCGGGGAGCCCCCGCUGUCAGGGGGCAGCAGCGGCCUGUCCCUGAGCUCCCCGCAGGUGCCCGGCAGCCCCUUCUCUUACCCAUCCCAGUCGCCGAGCUUGGGCAGCGGGAGCCUCCCACGGACACCUGGCCGGGACUUCAGCUUCACACCCACCUUCCCUGAGCCCGGCGGGCCCUUGCUCCUGCCAGUCUGCCCGCUCCCAACUGGCCGGCGCGAUGAACGCUCUGGCCCCCUGGCCUCCCCGGUGAUCCUGGAUACAGGCCUACCCCUCCCUCUGCCCCUGCCCCUGCCCCUGCCCCUGGCAUUGCCUGUGCCUGUCCUGCGGGCCCAGGCUCGGGCUCCAGCCCAGUUGCCACCCCUGCUGCCUGCUCCCCUGGCUCCUUGCCCUUCCCCCAUGAAAAGGAAGCCGGGCCGGCCCCGGCGGUCCCCACCGUCCAUGCUGUCCUUGGACGGGCCCUUGGUCCGGCCACCAGCAGGGCCCACCCUGGGAAGGGACCUCUUGCUCCUGCCAGGCCAGCCACAGACCCCUGUCUUCCCCAGCACCCACGACCCCCGGGCUGUGACCUUGGACUUCCGGAACACGGGGAUCCCGGCCCCACCCCCGCCCCUCCCGCCCCAACCUCCCCCACCCCCGCCUCCACCACCCAUUGAGCCCACCAAGCUGCCCUUCAAGGAGCUAGACAACCAGUGGCCCUCCGAGGCCAUCCCGCCAGGUCCCCGUGGGCGCGACGAGGUUCCCGAGGAGUACAUGGAGCUGGCCAAGGCCCGGGGGCCAUGGCGCCGGCCUCCCAAGAAGCGCCACGAAGACCUGGUGGCUGCGUCCGCCUCACCCGAGCUCUCGCCACCCCAGCCCCUCUUCCGGCCUCGCUCCGAGUUUGAGGAGAUGACCAUCCUAUAUGACAUCUGGAACGGUGGCAUCGACGAAGAGGACAUCCGCUUCCUGUGUGUCACCUACGAGCGGCUGCUACAGCAGGACAGCGGCAUGGACUGGCUCAAUGACACACUCUGGGUUUACCACCCCUCCACCAGCCUCUCUUCAGCUAAGAAAAAGAAACGGGACGAUGGCAUCCGUGAGCACGUGACGGGCUGUGCCCGCAGCGAGGGCUUCUACACCAUCGACAAGAAAGACAAGCUCAGAUACCUCAACAGCAGCCGCGCCAGCACCGACGAGCCCCCUGCCGACACCCAGGGCAUGAGCAUCCCCGCACAGCCCCACGCCUCCACGCGGGCCGGCUCGGAGCGGCGUUCGGAGCAGCGCCGCCUGCUGUCCUCCUUCACUGGCAGCUGCGACAGUGACCUGCUCAAGUUCAACCAGCUCAAGUUCCGGAAGAAAAAGCUCAAAUUCUGCAAGAGCCACAUUCACGACUGGGGCCUGUUCGCCAUGGAGCCCAUCGCGGCCGACGAGAUGGUCAUCGAGUACGUGGGCCAGAACAUCCGCCAGGUGAUCGCGGACAUGCGGGAGAAGCGCUAUGAGGAUGAGGGCAUCGGCAGCAGCUACAUGUUCCGGGUGGACCACGACACCAUCAUCGACGCCACCAAGUGCGGCAACUUUGCGCGCUUCAUUAACCACAGCUGCAAUCCCAACUGCUACGCCAAGGUGAUCACGGUGGAGUCGCAGAAGAAGAUCGUCAUCUACUCGAAGCAACACAUCAGCGUCAACGAGGAGAUCACCUACGAUUACAAGUUCCCCAUCGAGGACGUCAAGAUCCCCUGCCUGUGCGGCUCCGAGAACUGCAGGGGGACCCUCAACUAGCCCCGCCCGGCGCCCACAUGUCAGCCGGGGCCGGCCCCAGCUCCCGCCUCAUUUCAGGUGCUGUCCCUCUCCCCCUGUGGCCCCGCCAGGGCCCGGCGCCCCAACACUACCCCAGGACACCCCCCGCAGCUCCAGCCUCUCCGCGGGAAAGGGCUUCUCUGUCCGUCAGCCCACGUCUCUUCGUUUCCAGAAUUGCUCCUCUGAGGAUCGUCCUUGGCCAUGAACUUCUGUCUCUGUGUCUGACUCCCACACCCAGUCCCUCCUCUCCGGCUUUCUCCAUCUUUUUUCUGUCUGUACCCUCGGCUCCUUCCCGUGAAUGCUGCUACGUUGUUUUUGUCUUCUCUUUAUUUUCGUCCUCGUCGUAAGAAAAGACAUUUUAACCGUUGAAAUGUGAAGGCAGAAUCAGAGCGGGGCCUCGGUUCCACGACUGAGGUGCCGGCCAGGUGCUGCGGGCAGGGGCCGCCAGCGGCCGUGACCUCAGAACACUACGUACCUGCCAGGCCCCCUCUGCCCGCCACGCAGCGAGGAGCCCCCCAGCCUUCUCCACCCACUCCCCAGUCUCUUCCCCGAGCUGCUGGAGGAGCCAUCCAGUCCCAGGCAGGAGUGCGCCGUGGGCUCCCUGCUCCCCACCCCCCAACCUUGGGUUCAAUGUUUACUUUUUCAUUCGGAUGCCAGCAGCGAGGGAGCCCCCGGGGACCCCAGACUGGGUGUGGGGGCUGGGAGGGGCUGGUGAGCUGCCCGUGCCCGCCCCACCACUGCAGCGUGGCGCGUUCGCGUGGAGAAGCUCCACGCCCCCCGCCCAGCGUCGACCCUGCCAGGCCAAAGCAUAUUUAUUUGCUGAGUGAGCAGCUUAUUCCUCCCAGAGCAAGCAGAAUCUUGGAGAGAAGAUUUGAAAACUCAGAUCCAAGUCUUUGACAGUUUUUUCCCUUUUGACCCCUUCCAUCCUCUUCAGGGUUUAUAUCCAUGGAUUUUUGUUUCUUAUGCGUGUGUAAAAUCCAGACGAAGGGGGACACGAUGGGUUUGGCAGUUCAGCAGCAGCCCCUGUACAUAGACUGCCGCGAAGGACUCCGGGGCACGUUGUUUCUUGUGGAAACAGACGGGGGGCUUAGGCCUCACUGCUUCGUACUUCCGGGAAAAACCACGACAGGCGCACGAGCGCGAGCCCCCCCGGCCCCGGCGAGCAGCGCAGGCGUGUACAUAGUCUCUGGAACGUGACUGGUGACCGGCGGCUCCAGGACGAGAGGCCCCGCGGCGCGGCUCCCACCCGUGGACAGACGCGCGGCCUCUGCUAUCUCAGCUUGUGUCAAGCUUGUAUCAUGUAAAUUCUGUACAAAGAAUUGUUAUUUUUCUCUCUCUUUUUUUUGUCGUUGGUGGUUUUGUUUUUUUGUUUGUUUUUUUUUUUUUUUUCCAGUUCACCCCAGACCCUCUCGGGUUGGAGACCGAGCCCGCCGGUUUCAAGGCGAGGAAGUCGGUGGCAUUAGGAUGCGACAGGGUGUGGGGUCCCUGGGCACCACGGCAACCUUCUCUUCCACGUGCGGUUCUUUGCCUUGUUGUGCAACUGAGGAAAUAUUUAUUUUUCACACAAGGAAAUGUGUAGUUGGCAGAGACUUCAUUCUCACCCCUCCCCUCCCCCCAGGAAAGAAAGAAGUGGGGGGAGGUGAGGAAACCAGGGGAGGGGCCGGCCUCGCCCCACCACACUGGGGCCACUGUUAACUUCCCCAAGGGCCAGGGGCUGGGCCCCCUCCCCGGAACCCCGCCCCUACCCUGGAAUGGUUUGCAAUAAUCUAGAAGAGUGUUGGCUCAUUUUUCUUUCAACUCCUUUGUUUGCAUUGAACAAAUCUCUGCUUUUGAAGGUUAGGGGUUUCUGCUCUGCCCCCCGCUCUCUGCGAAGAAGAGAAGAGAUGAAAUCUAGGGGUGUUCGUGUGUAGACUCUGUCACCUGUAUGUAACUUGUUUUGAAGAGAAGUGUUUCCGUUGUGGGUGUGUGUUGCUGUAAAUAUUUGUUCAUAUUUUUGUGAAUUCAAUACUAUGUACCAUUGUAUUAUAGUAACUUUUAUAAAGCAAACCAUAAAUACACUGACUUUUCUUACAGAUA